CGUAUUAUGCCACUUAUUUCGGAGCCUAAGCAAACAAGUUAUAAUGAUACGGAUCCUGAUCCUUGCGUUUUGGAGCGCCUCUUUGAAGAGGCGCAUUCCGAAUUCGAUCGUAGAUUAGCAGCAAAGCGUGUUAUCUUUGAUCGGUACCUUGAAACUCGCGUUAACUGGCUCCGCAUACAGCUCAUGCGUGAGGCUGAGGCUACUGAUUCUCUAGGCAUGAAUCACCUUGACUUUCUGCGAAUCUACAAGCCAGAUUUGGUGCCUGAGGCAAGUAUUGAGUACCGAUUAACGAAGGAUGAAGGAAAAAGUCAGAGGGCGCGGCAGCCGCCGCGAAUUCCUCCAUCAAGCGCUAUGCGAGUAAUUAACACUGUUCGGCGUGUAGCAGCGCGCUCCAGACUUAAUCAGGCUACUUCAACUCCAUGCCUCUCAUCAACGAAAGUACCACCAACCGCGGCGAAAUCUACUAUCGCGGCGCGGACUCGAAGCAACCGAAUGUUGAACUCGACUAAGGCAGUAGCAGCAAAAUCCAAAGGAUGUACCACGGAGCUAAGGCAUGGUCGUACACGUCGUGCAGCUGCAACUGAUACUUCCACCAGACUCAAGAAUUCUUCGGCUGCCACCAACCAGUCAUCCAUUCUCCGAAAACCGCCUAAAACUAGUGUUUUUGAUCGGGAGUCCGUUUUGUAUGCGUUGUCCGGAUCCCCAGUUGCCAACCCGUUUGCACAUCUCAGCAAAGAUGUCGUAAGGAAGAUCAAGAAGAUCAUCAGUGAGGAAAGAUUUUGA